AUUCAGUUAUGCGCAUGGGCACACAAAAAUAUCUGUAAGUUUGCAUGUAUAAAUAAACACCAAAAUCAAUUGGGACUAUUAUCUAAAAUUUGUGUAAGGGGCAAUAUUCAAACUCCAACAUUUAUGAUUUAAUUUUGAAAAGUGGCCAGUACAAGCCGAUUUAUCACCAAAGUUUUAAGUGUUAAAUAACAAAGUUUAUUUAUACUUUCACACUAUUUGUACAAUGAGUGUCGUUGGUAAACAACUUAAUACCUUGUCAACUAAUAAUGAUAUAAAUGCAAAAGAUGUACGAGAAUCAAGCGGAAAAACAUCGAUGCUGGCGAAGUUUAUAUCACCAAGUGAUGUACUUAAUUUAAAUGAAAUAACAGAAAACUACUUAUGUUCUAUCCAUGACAACAUCUACGAUAUUGAUUUUACACGUUUUAAAAUACGUGACCUGGAUUCAGGUGCAAUACUAUUUGAGAUAGCUAAGCCAAGUAAUCGAUUUUCUCCUAAUUUGGAGGACAAAUUAAUUGAAGCGGCUGGAAGCAUGUCCAUUGAUGAUUCAGUAGAUGCUAAUGCUGGACGAUAUGUACGAUAUCAAUUUACUCCAGCUUUUCUGGGAUUAAAAAAUGUUGGUGCAACGGUUGAAUUUACCGUUGGUGGUAAGCCUGUUAACAAUUUUCGAAUGAUUGAACGACACUUCUUUCGGGAUCGGCUAUUAAAAACAUUUGAUUUUGAAUUUGGAUACUGCAUUCCCUACUCAAAAAACUCCUGUGAACAUAUCUAUGAGUUUCCUAAUCUACCCUCCGAACUAGUUUCAGAAAUGAUCGCUUGCCCGUUUCAAACUCGUUCAGAUAGUUUCUAUUUUGUCGAAAAUCGUCUCAUUAUGCAUAACAAAGCCGAUUAUGCCUACGAUGGAGGUUUGCUUUUAUAAAUACAUAAAAAUAAUUGCAAUUAAUUCUCACCAGAAGCCACAUAAGCCUUAUUAUUAUUAUUGUCGUAUAAUUAACUGUUAAUUUAUGUAUAAGAAACUAUAGCUAAUAAACAUAUUUUAAUUGCGGUUUAUUUAUUAUUUAUAA